UUUCCGCAUUGCAUUGUGGGCAUGGAGGGAAAGUGAAAAGUUUGUAUCCGCUAGCCUUGUGUUUGUGUUGUUUAGUUGUAACAAGUGACAAACAUGGUGCAAACGUGUUGUGUUAUUAACUGCCACAAUCGUUCACGCGAUCGCUUCGGGAAUAAAAAGGAUGAGGUGAUAUUUUUCUCCUUUCCAACGUGGAAGCAAAGCCAAGGAGCUGGAAUCUGUGAGCUAACAAAGAGACGCCGAAUGGCCUGGAUAGCAGCCGUGAGACGACCAAACAUCACUUUCAACACCAUCACCCAAGACUUGGUGGUGUGUUCACGGCAUUUUCACACUGGGAGACCAGCUUAUGAAAUGGAUGAAAGCCAUCCAGACUGGGCACCCUCAUUACAUCUCGGACACACGGAGGUGGAAGCUGGAGAUAACAAGAGUCUACACAUAACAUUGGACCAGGAGGAACUUCCCCCAACAAGAGAGGAGUACGAGCGACUACGACAACAACUGGAAGCUGUUAGCAAGACUCAAGUUGUGCUACACAUUGAAGACAUGCAUCAGCUGAUUGGUCAUCAGCAACAAUGUCCUCCUCAGCCACAGAAUGAGAGCUCCACUUUGGAGCAGGCGGAGCUACAGCCCCCCCAUGUGAAAGAGGAAGAGGACCCACAGCCCCCUCUUAUUAAAGAUGAAGAAUUAGAGCCAGAGUCCCUCCACAUUAAAGAGGAAAAGGAGGAGCCACAGCCCACCCACAUUAAAGAGGAAGAGGCGGAGCCAGGGACCCCCUAUAUGAAAGCGGAAGAGGAGGAGCCACAGCCCCCCCACAUUAAAGAGGAAGAGGAGGAGCCACAGCCCCCCCAUGUUAAAGAAGAAGAGGAAGAACUCUGGAUCACUCAGGAGGGAGAGCAUCUUCUAGGACCAGAGGAGGCUGAUCUCACCAGGUUGCCACUGACUGGUGUCUCUGUGAAGACAGACGACCAUGAAGACAAACCACCUGAGUCCUCACAGCUUCAUCAUAGUCCAAGUGAGGAGAUGAGAGAGGCGGAGCCUUCAUGCAGCAGCUCACUGCAACACAUGACAACAGAAGCUGAUGGAGACCACUGUGGAGGAUCACAAGCAGACAACCUCUUAGCUCCACUGUCAGAUAGUGACGACACGACGUCACACUCUCCUGAAGAUGAAGACAGCGACUACAACCAAGAAUCUCUGAGCAGCGAUACAGACUGUGAAGGUGAUAUGACGACUCACACUGGCAACAAACACUCUGAAAGCUCUAAAAAGAAGACAGAUAAACCUUUUAACUGCUCACUUUGUCAGAAAGGAUUUUCUUCUAAUAACGAUUUGGCUCGACACAUGAGAACACACACAGGAGAAAAACCAUUUCGUUGCUCAGACUGUGGUAAAGGCUUUGCUCAAAAGGCAACCAUGCAAUCACACAUGAGAACGCACACAGGAGAAAAACCUUUUAGCUGCUCAGACUGUGGUAAAUGCUUUGCACGAAAGACAACCAUGCAAUCCCACAUGAGGACACACACAGGAGAACAACCUUUUCGUUGCUCAGAAUGUGGCAAAUGGUUCGCUCGUAAGACAACCAUGCAGUCACACAUGAGAAUGCACACAGGAGAAAAACCUUUCAGUUGCUCAGACUGUGGUAAACGCUUCACUCACAAGGCAACCAUGCAAUUCCACAAGAGAACACACGCAGAAAAGCGUUUACUUACUCAAGUUGUGUUAGCGCAUUUUCUUGGAAGUGCGCUUUGAGAAGACAUAUGCAUAGGUAUUGACGGUCGACUGCAACGGUCGGCAACCUGCGGCUCCAGAGCCGCAUGCGACUCUACAGCCUCUUUGCGUUGGCUCCCUUUGCGAUGCUUUAAUUUUUUUUUAUCUUUGUACUGAGUAUGGAAAAAUCUGACUUUCUGUGAGGCAGUGAAUACAGUGUGUUACAGUCAUAAAAGUUAACACAGAAUUUGCCAAUAAAACAUGCACGUGAUGGACACAAAUAAUGACUAUCCUGUUCCAUUUAUGUUGAUAAUAUGAAGUGUUAGGUAUUUACAUAACGCUAGUAAUAUCAUAAGUCAAAUCUCUCCACGUUGUAGAAACUGAAGAAUGACUUUAUAUUCAAACACUGCGUACAUCAAACACUGUUUACACAAAUAAAUCCAUAAUUAUGAAUACUUAAGUAUUAAUUUUUAUUGAUUUGCUAAUCAAUACUUCUCCUCAAUGGAGAAGGAUGACACAUUUGGAGGAGCCUUCGUGAAUUUUCUAAUUCGGACAACCUUGGUGCAGCACGAUGACGUCAUGCAGCCUACAAAUGCGCACUUUUAGGAUGCAGACCCCGGAUUCAAACAAAGCCCUUCUCAGGCAAGUUAGCAAAUUUGUAAAUGAUCAGUCAUUCUAGUCAAAGCCUUUACACUACAGCGUACUACAUGAUAACCCACAAUGCUUUGCGCUCCUACCCAAGCCGAAGUCGACAGGCUGCACACUUUCGCUGUAAACUAUUUAAAUACAUCCCUUUAUUCAGAUAUUUUUUUAAUCAGGCGAGAAAGUGGCCGUUUAGAAGUCGCGAAUGUGCAUACCAACCGUUUACAGUUUCGUUCGGACGAAUUCGACAAAAUGUAAGGUAGCCGAAGUGACUUCCGGUUAUUUUCACAAACUAAAACACACCCUUGAUUUUCUCAUACAAAAAAUCAUUGUGAUAAAUAACUGAUUUUACUUUACUGAAAACAAUUGCGAACCAACUUGCAAUAUAUCCUGCUUGACAUCGCCGUUUGCUCCAUCCGGCUGCUCAGUGUUCAGCCAACGGUUUUUCGAAGUGACGUCACGUCGCGUUGCAUUCUGGGUAAUUUAAGUGUGCUCAGUAAACUGAUGAUACAUAAUCAACAUUUCUGGCGAAUGCAGUAUGCAUCCGGGAACUUCUCGCAUACUGCCAGUGUAGGCCGCCUGCAUACUCAAAAACUUAGUAUGAGUAGUAGGUAAGUAUACGGUUUUUUGUGGAGUGUUUUGUGGAGCCACUUUUCAUAUAGCUUGUUAAGAAUAGAGCCCAAGAUUUCUGGGGGCGAUACUCAUAUAUUUAUUGUCCGAUGUAUGAAAUAGGAGCUUUGCUAUGCACAUGAUAUCUAACAAAAAGUAGGCAAAGUAGGGUAAGAGGUAAAUGGUUAGCGCGCAGGCCUCACAGCUAAGAGGCCUGAGUUCAAUUCCAACCACGGCCAUCUCUGUGUGGAGUUUGCAUGUUCUCCCUGUGCAUGCGUGGUUUUUCUCCAAGUGCUCCGGUUUCCUCGCACAUUCCAAAACAUGCUACGUUAAUUGGCGACUCCAAAUUGUCCAUAGGUUGUUUGUCUAUAUGUGCCAGUCAGAACUCAGCCAGGAUGCGUUCACUGUCUCACAAAAAGUAGGAUUAAAAAAAAAAAACUAAUGACAAAAGUACAAAAUUUGAGUAUUCCAAAAGA